AUGAAGUCAUUUCUGUCUCCCGUGUCUCAGAAGGCUGGCCUUGACUUCUCCGCGGAAAUCUUAGCAGAACUGGACGGGAGCAUACUUGAUUAUGGACAGCAGAAUCAUUUGUCCAUACGAGCCUCAAGCCCAACCAGUAUCGAGAAUAUCGUACCAACAGGUGUUCCGGAAAUACACUACACUAGUCUUCAAGAUGAGCCUUCGCUACGGAAGCAGAUGCCCGAUGUCCUUGGUCCUGUCUUCUCGAUUACGUUGCAGAACGAGAAAUUCGCAAAAAAAUUGCCGAGUAAGCUGUCCAUGUUGUUCCAGCAUAAAAUAAGCCUUGGAGGCGUCGAGUCUUUGAUUAAGGAACAACUUGCUACAAGGGUUCGAGUUGCUUGUAGAGGAGCAGCGCGAUGGACGAAUAUCUGGUUGGAUAACAACAGCCAGUUUAGACCAGGAAUCCCUUGUAUUUGGGUCAAGGCUCGAGUUAUGAUUCUGAACUCGUGA